UUUUGACAAUUGCCAAAUCAGCCUGAAAUUGACUGGACCGUCUGGAGAAGUUGUAAAAAGCAAAAACAGUGAUUUUGAAUGAAUUAACAUUGUUAUAAUUGUGUAAUCAGCUAGAUUUUCUAGCUACCAUUCAGUACAUGUUAACUUGACUACUGAGAUGGCGACCUACGAAGAAUUUAUACAGCAGAAUGAGGAUCGUGAUGGUAUACGGUUCACAUGGAACGUGUGGCCGUCCAGUAAGAUCGAAGCAACAAGACUUGUGGUGCCUCUAGUUUGCUUGUAUCAACCACUGAAAGAGCGGCCAGAUUUGCCACCGAUACAGUAUGAGCCAGUACUCUGUACACGCAAUAACUGCCGUGCAGUCCUAAACCCUAUGUGUCAAGUGGAUUAUAGGUCAAAAUUAUGGGUGUGCAACUUCUGUUUCCAACGCAAUCCUUUUCCACCACAAUAUGCUGCAAUAUCUGAGCAACAUCAGCCAGCCGAACUCAUUCCCAACUUCUCCACAAUUGAGUACACAAUAACCCGAGCUCAGAGUAUGCCACCCAUCUUCCUUCUGGUUGUGGACACAUGCUUAGAUGAAGAAGAACUAAAAGCUCUUAAAGAUUCCCUUCAGACAUCCCUCAGUUUGAUGCCACAAAAUGCUUUAGUUGGUCUUAUUACUUUUGGGCGUAUGGUGCAAAUUCACGAACUUGGCACAGAAGGCAUAUACAAGUGCUUUGUGUUCAAGGGCACAAAGGAUUUGACUGCAAAACAAAUACAGGAGCAGCUAGCUAUUGGCCGCGUCAGUGCCCCGAAUCCCCAGCAGAGACCCGGAGCUCAACCUCCUCAGCCUCCAGCUCACCGCUUUCUGCAACCCGUCAAACAAUGCGACAUGGCUCUCACUGACUUGCUAAGUGAACUGGGUCGGGAUCCGUGGCCCCUCGGUGUUGGUAAACGUCCCUUACGUAGCAGUGGAGUGGCUCUCUCCUUGGCUGUGGGACUUCUAGAAGUCACUUAUCCCAACACCGGUGCCAGAAUUAUGAUGUUCCUCGGAGGCCCAUGCUCGCAGGGACCAGGUCAAGUUGUAAACGAUGAGCUUAAGCAGCCUAUCAGGUCACAUCAUGACAUUCACAAGGAUAAUGCUAAAUACAUGAAGAAAGCUAUCAAGCAUUACGAAGCCCUGGCAUUCAGGGCCGCCACAAAUGGACAUGCUAUAGACAUUUACUCAUGUGCGUUAGAUCAAACUGGUUUAAUGGAGAUGAAACAGUGUUGUAAUUCUACUGGUGGCCACAUGGUGAUGGGUGAUUCCUUCAACUCUUCGCUGUUCAAACAGACUUUCCAAAGAGUAUUUGCUAAGGACCAGAAGGGAGAUUAUAAGAUGGCAUUUAAUGGCACUUUUGAAGUUAAAUGCAGUAGAGAACUUAAAAUUUCUGGAGCUAUUGGUUCCUGUGUGUCUCUAAACGUCAAAGGUCCAUGUGUAUCGGACCAGGAAGUGGGUAUGGGUAACACAAGCCAAUGGAAAAUGUGCACCUUCACACCCAGCACUACAAUGGCAAUCUUCUUUGAGGUGGUGAGCCAGGCGGCGGCGCCUACAGCUGGCGGCGGUCGCGGCUGCGUGCAGCUCAUCACGCAGUACCAACACUCCAGCGGACAGCGCCGCGUGCGAGUCACUACCGCCGCACGAAACUGGGGCGACGCGGCGGUCAACCUGCAGCACAUCUCCGGCGGGUUCGACCAGGAGGCCGCUGCGGUCGUGAUGGCGCGGCUCGUGGUCUACCGCGCGGAGCAGGAGGACGGGCCGGACGUGCUGCGCUGGCUGGACCGCACGCUCAUCCGCCUGUGCCAGAAGUUCGGGGAGUACGCCAAGGACGACCCUAACAGCUUCCGCCUCGCUGAGAACUUCAGUCUCUACCCGCAGUUUAUGUAUCACCUCCGUCGCUCGCAGUUCCUGCAAGUGUUCAAUAAUUCACCGGACGAGACUACUUUCUACAGGCACAUGCUGAUGCGCGAGGACUUGACUCAGUCGUUGAUCAUGAUCCAGCCGAUCCUGUACUCGUACGGGUUCGGCGGCCCGCCGGAACCCGUGCUCCUAGACACCUCCUCCAUCCAGCCAGACAAGAUACUCCUCAUGGACACCUUCUUCCAAAUACUCAUUUAUCACGGAGAGACGAUAGCUCAAUGGCGCGCGCUGCGGUACCAGGAUAUGGCGGAGUAUGAGAGUUUCGCGCAGCUGCUGCGGGCGCCCGUCGACGACGCGCAGGAGAUACUACAGAGCCGCUUCCCCGUGCCCAGAUACAUCGAUACGGAGCAUGGUGGCUCGCAGGCGCGUUUUCUGCUAUCUAAAGUGAACCCGUCGCAGACUCACAACAACAUGUACGCGUACGGCGGGGCGAUGCCGAUACCAUCUGCGGACGGUGGCGCCCCCGUGCUGACGGACGACGUGUCAUUACAAGUGUUCAUGGAACAUCUGAAAAAACUCGCCGUAUCCUCCACAGCUUAAAACAUUUCCAAUAUUCUAUUAAAUUAAAUAAAUUUUAUAUCUGGUUCGGA